ACAGGGAUGGCUGGUCUCCUCAUGCUAAUGAGACCAUGUUGAACCCUACAAAUGUUCUGUGGGAUACGGGGUGUUCCAUAUGUACAUAUGGCUCCAUCUUCAUUAUUAUCCUAAUUAUCUGGCAAGUGAAAAGAACUUACCGAGGAUUAAAGACGGAACCAAAAAGGAGCUGCUGCCGGCGCCACCGAAGAGUCAGGCAAAGGACAAGAGAUACAGCAGCAAAAGAUAGGAGACAUUCCUGGGAAGAAACGGAGAAGCCGAAAAAGCUACUCUCUGUCAUUAAAAGCCAGGGCUGGCUUCCUCAGGAGGGAAGCGUGCGGCGGCUCCUGUGUGCAGAUCCCAACUGCAACAUCUGCAAUGACGUGGUCCUGGACAUUCAGCAACUACUGGUGGGUGAGAAAACCCUCCUCUGCCCCACUUCACCAGAGCCAUUGCAGGACUCUUCUUGCCAAGAGAUUAUGUCCACGCAAAAUGUGCCCUAUGGGCAGAAUCAGGGGCAUCAUUCUCCACACACUAAAGAACAUUCAAUUCCAACCCAAACCUCUGUGUCAGCUGCUCAGUCAACUGGAUGCUUCCAAGAACACUGCAAUGAACAAGUUCCAAAUUCCAGUGAACAAAUGAGCAAAUUCCAGCUCAAGCAGGAAUUUGAAGCGUCAGACAUGCCCAUAGGACCAAAGUCUUCCUCGAUGUGUGAAAAGCCCAUGGCUCUAGUAAACAAGCAGACAAUAGUGCAGUACAGUAGCAACUUCCUCCACAGGAACCAAGACCAGCAGCAGCCCCUAAAUUCCCAGGUCUCUAUGCUGACUUUAAACAAAGAGAUCACUACCACUACGCUGACAAACCCUGUGGCCUUGCAUAUGGUCACUGUCCUCCCAGACCACCCGCCAAUCCUUAGUCCUGAUAUCCUGAGGCUAUUAGAGGUACAUGUAAAAAAAUGGCUGCAUUUUCAGAAGUGGGGGCUUCCUAGACGUGUGGAGGAGUCACUGAGGCAGCUUAUGCCAUACCCCCCAUUGUUCUACCAACCUAAAAACAGCCAACCACUUUCUUUCAUCCAGAAUGAUAUUACUAAAUUACCUGUUGAAACAUUUGGGACCAUUUCUUACCAGACCUGGGGUUGCUGUAUAAAAGGUCAGCCCACCCAGGCAUUCUGGGUUUCUGAAUGGUCUAUUAUCAGCCUAGAACUGAGAGAUCACUACCAACAAAUUCCAAACCAUACACCUCUAGUCUUGCCCUCCCCGGCCCUUAAAGAUCUAAGUGCCCUCUACCCACUGCCCGGACAACAGGUUAAUGAAUCAGUGAAUUUUUGGCAGCAGAAAUACAGCCAGCUGUUCUGCGGACUCCCUUCUCUACACAGUGAAUCCUUGGUUGACACUUUCUUGGGCUCUCAAGGCCUCUCCAUGAAUGGUGGCUUGCCCCAAGACCCCAUAAAGGAUCAUUUUUUCAUCAAGGAACUCUCCUUACUUCCCCUGCUGCCUAAAACUCCACCUAAGGCAGCCCCACCACCUUCUCCAUCCUCUCCGAGUUGGAUCACUCAGUCGGACCAUCAGCAAACUCAGGCCAAUGUCCCAUUUCUGACUCUAGACCAGUGUGAAGCUUUGGAGUGGCAUGUGCUACAGAGGCAGCUCCAGCUCCAGUGGGGCUGGCCAGCCAUCUUGCAGAGAUCUCAGCUCUCUCUGACCUCUAUAAAGUCUAAGUCCUGUGACACAACCCAGUCUCCUGAAUCAGUGAAAACUUCCUGGCCAGAGAAGUCCAUCUCAGUGCUCACAAGGGAUCUCCUCUACUUCCCGGAGCAUGCUAGGAGGCUGCUCGAGUUCCACCUGCAGAGGCAGCUGACCCACCAUCGCUGGGGCCUGCCCCCCAAGAUCCAGCAGUCCAUGCAGCUGCUGCUGGCCCCCACUGAGCAGCAGGCUCUGGCCCUGAGCAGCAUAGCCCUAGAAAACACGAGCCUCUCCCAACCCACAGCCCAAAUGCCCAGUGUGGCUGGUGACCUGUUCACACACACUGUGAACCCAGAACCUAUCGACAUGCCCCAUCUGUUUGCCCAGGCCAAGGCAAUACUGCAGAGCCACAUUGACUCCAAAUGUGGGCAGAUUCACCAGGGCAAGGUCCCUGUCUGUGUCUAUAGCUCUUGGGAGUACAUCAUCCCUGGGGGCCUGAAAGUGUCUCCUUUCUUCUGCCUCCCAGAAAGCAAGCCCUUGGAGCUCCAGGCAACACCUGAGCCCAACCCACAGAAGAGAGUGGGGGCAGAGGCCCUGGGCCAGCUACAGGCCCCCUCAAGGGCAGUCACUGAGCACCCUAAGCUGCCCUGUGCCCUGCCAGAGGGAACUGUUGAGAAACUAGAGACCACUCUGAGGCACAAGUACCUGGCUUUCUUGUCAGGGCUGCCUGCCCUUUACUACGUGGCUCUCUCCAGGGCUGUGCUCCCAGAAGUCACUGCCCAAGCUAUACCCCCCAAGACGAUGACUGAGCCUGAACAAAUCCUCACAGAACCUUUGACUCAGGGCACCCCAUCUGAAGAGCAGCACCCAGGUCCUGAGCCAGGUGCUCAGGACUCCAACCAGACGCCUGCGGACACUGCAGAUGAGAUCCAGACUGACGAGCAGGAAGAAGGUCUGGCCAAGACGGAGCCCCUGCACACACAGUCAGAGACUGCUAGCCCCAUCGCACUCAAGAAACCCUUCUUGAACAAACUCAACUUCCACGUGAGAAAGAAGACCCUAGAGCUACAGCUGGGAAUUCCCACUAAGGCAAAGAAGUCCAGAGACCAAACUCAAGUAAUCUCAGAGAAUGGAUCCACACAGGAGACUCUUGGGAGUCUCAGCAACCAAGGGGAAGCCUCACUCCCAAAAGAGCCCAGCCACCCAGACACUGCUUGUACCCCAGAUCCAAAAUGGCUCCACCUCAAACAACAGCUGGCCAAUGAGUUAAAGUCAAUACAGCAGAACCAGAAGCAGCCAAGUCCCAGCGUGGCAGCCCAUGGCUCUGAGAGCUCAUGGGUCUCCAAGAUCUCACAGCAACCCCGUGGGGACAUGACAGAGGCCCAGGUGCUUUGUGUUCAGCUAGAGGCCAGUGCAAACAAGCCCAGUCUGCAGGAGCCCUGGAGCCCUGGGGCCCAAAGCUCAGGCAAGAGCAAGGACUCAGCCCAAGUACCCACACCAACAACAAAGACAGACGACCCCAAAUUGGCAGGGGGCCAUGGUGAGGGGGAUGCAGGGUUCGUGCUCUCCCCCACAAGAGAAGAGAGCCAGCCUUCUGCAGUCCAGAGCCCAGCAGGGAUGCGUCAGAGCAGGACACCACACAGCCUCCGCAGACGGAACCGUACCCUCCACCUUGAUGCUCCUGGUCAGCAUAGCCCUCAGCUUAAGCUCCCACAGCAAGCUCCAGUGGUCCGUCAAGGGAAAGAAGCGGAGAGGCAUUUGCAAGAUGUUCAAACCAAGGCCAAAGCCACCCUCAAGCCAGCAAGGAUCCCUCAGAGUGCCCAGCCUGUGGCGCCCCGGGGAGCACGGGGCCAGCCUUUCCUGGGCCACCUUCCUCAGGGCAGCCCACUACAGCGCCACCCUCCACGAGGUCAGCUUUUGCUGGGGCAGGUGAUGCCAGUCCAAACUCACAAGAGGCAUGGCCCUCCAGAGUCUGGCUUGAGAAAUAAGAUGAAAUCCUUUUUGCACUGCAUUAACCCCAAGACAGAAGACAGAAGGCAUGAGGACUCCAUGCUGCUUGUAGCUGAAAAAGGGCCCAAAACCAGAAGAGAAAAUGUGGGGAAGAGCCUGCCUCCACCCACAAGUCCCAGGGGGAGAACUAAGACAGAGAAGACAAGAGGGAGCCCCCAGGCCCCAAUCCCCCUCACCCAGAAGAAGGUGGGCGUGGCCUUCUUGGCUGGCCCCCACUCUCCAGACUGUAAGCUCAGGCAGCGCUUCAGCACCCAUCACCUCCUCCCUGCCUCGGUCUUGGGCCACCGCCACCACUGCCCUCGGCACUGUCCCCAAAGGGCCUUUGCCUCCCAGUCAGGAGCCCACGCUAACUCUCAUCUCCCAUCACAAAUGGAAACAGUCACCUCAAACUCAAAAGUCUGCUCAAGAGCACUCAGUCCAGUCAAGAGUCCAAAGGCUCUGUGUCUGCAUCCUGCAUGAGGGCUGCUGUGUCUCAUAAUAACGUGCAGGUGGGACAGGCUGCCACCCCAAAUACAUUCUAUUUCUCUUAAGCAAAA